CACAAACCUUGCUUGCCAUUCCCAUGACACCGAAAUUCAAGAUUCAGGGGGUCGCGAGCUGCACUCGACGCGGCAAUCUUCCCUCACUCGCAAUGGUACGCCGGCACUAAGGACUAGAGAGGCAACUGCCGGGACGACGCCGCCGCAUCCAUCCGGGAGAGGACGAGGGGCAUCGAGCAGUUCGGGCAUACCAACUUCCUUUGAAUCAGAAGAUAGCUCGAAAUAUAUAAUCUCACAACUGACCUGUUAUAUUCCACCUGCUGUCUAUCACCAAGUGCGACCUCGCGCCAAGCCUCUCGACCCCCCAUCAACCACCACCCACCAUGCACGCCACCCUUUCAGCCGCGCUCCUGAGCGCGCUGGCGACAACCGUCGCCGGCCACGGCAUGGUAACCAGCUUCAAAACCGACGGCAUGACCAACCAAGGCUUCAUCCUCGACUACUACUAUGCCAAGGUCAACAAGCAGCCGGUCCCCGACAUCGCGGCCUGGUACGCCGAGAACCUCGACAGCGGCUUCGUGGCCCCCAACAACUACCAGCACCCGGACAUUAUCUGCCACAAAAACGCUUCCCCCGGCACCCUCACCGCAACCGUCUCGGCCGGCGGCACGGUAACGUUCAACUGGCCCGCGUCCUGGCCUCACCCGCACGGCCCCGUGCUCACCUACGUCGCCAAGUGCAGCGGUGACUGCACCAAGGCCGACAAGAACAGCCUCCAGUGGGUCAAGAUUCACGAGUCCGGCAUCGACUACGCCACGCAAAAGUGGGCGUCACAGCAGCUCAUCGACAACAAAGGCGUGUGGACGGUACCCGUGCCCCGAUCGCUCGCGCCCGGCAACUACGUUUUUCGUCACGAGAUCAUUGCGCUGCAUGGCGCUGGGUCACUAAACGGCGCGCAGAAUUAUCCGCAGUGCUUCAAUAUCAAGAUCACUGGGUCCGGGACGGCGAACCCGAGCGGUGUGGUGGGCACGAGGCUGUAUAAGAAUACUGACCCGGGGAUUUAUUUCAAUCCGUAUACCACCAUCAAGAACUACACCAUCCCUGGGCCGGCGCUGUGGGUUGGUUGAACUAACUGGAUCGUGGUUGGGCUCAAGGUUGGUUGCGAAGAGGGCUUGAGAGUCGAAGAGAGGCCAGGGGGCCAACAUAGUAACACCCUCUUGUUUCAUUGUACUGGCCUCAGGGUUUGAGUCAUAUAAUUGCAACAAGCUUGAUGGGUGGGGUGCCUCGAGGGUCGAAACUGGCGGAUGGUGGAUGAGCGGUCGAGAUCUACUGGCACGGGGGGAUGCUUGACAUGCAGAAACAAUAAACUCAGAAAACAAUACUGCCUCCAAAUCGCGGAACCCCAUCAUUGCACGUUCUGAAUAAUAAGACAAGGUAAAUGCUCGUUCUUCAGUGCUCAUGCGGAACAAG